UCCACCGACGCAGAUCCAGCUACGGCGCCCUCCAGUGAGGUGGACACCAGCAGCACCACCGCCUCCUAUGCCGCACCACCACCCUUCGAGUCACCCGCUACGGCGCGCCGAAACAGGGUGCAUUGGGGUGCUGGGGCCAAUGCCUCGAUGCAGCAUCCACACUCGCAUUUGCAAGUGGGAGGUCACAAUGGCCCCAAGGUCACACUACGGGGCUCAGCAGGCGGCGUCGUGAGAAACAACCACCCUGGCCCUCUGCACUUGUCCUCGCGUCUUAACAACGGCGAGACGUCGCAAGAGGCUCCUGCUCCUGCUCCAGCCACUGCGCCUGCUCAUGGAGCACCCGCUCACAUCGAAGAAGCCAAUGCCUCUGGUCAUGCCGCCGCUCUCACCCUCACUGGUGCUCGUGGACUCGACGAAGAGGGACUCGACAAUCGCGCCUUUCUCGAGUUGCAACGCGAGCUGCAGCGUCACGAGGCUCACGCAGACGUUGACAACGACGCUGCCAGUUGGAAUGGUGGUAGAGCUACCGCUCUAGAACAGGCGCUGCAGACAAAAGCUCAUGCUCGAGCAGAGCAACGCCGCAAUCGCUUCCGAUCUGAAGAGACGCCUGAGUGGGGCAUGUCAGGAGCAUCCACUCCCGGUGGCACGUCUGACUCGGGCAGCUACGAUGCUGCUAAUGACUCAGACUUGGACCACAUUGACUUUGUCCCCGGAGAAGUCGAUGGUAUGCCGAGCAAGCCAAAGCGAGCUCGUGGCGUCGAGGACACUGAGCCCAAGAGUGGCUGGGCAAAGCUGCGAACCCUCAUGGGCAAGGACAAGGCGGCAGACGUCGAAGAGGAACCAGAGAAGCGAUCGCAUGAGACCGGUGGCCCUACCAACACCAAGAGCGUGGCUGUUACUACUUCCACUGGAGUUCGCCAAGGUCCCCGCAGUCGACCCAGCAAGUACGAACGGGAGGCUGCAAAGCUGGUCAAGGCUCAUAGGCUCAUGACCGGCCAAGGACGAGAUGGCCAAAGCGACGAUGAAGACGAGCCUGAGCGAAUGCCCAACAUUAACCGUCGCCACCUCGAUUCCCAAGCCUCCACACCCGACCCCAUGGAUACGGCAACGAAGCUUGACGCUCGGCCAGUGCAUUCUGGUGGCGUACUUGGCAAUCUUCUCAAGCUCUAUGAGCAAGAACAAAAGGAGAACCAGCGCAAUCGCCGCAUGUCAAGUGCUGCUGCUAGUACGGCUGACGGCAUGAGCGUCAUGUCUUCCCCUGACCGAGAGCGUCCCUUCACCUCAGAAAACGAGAAGAGGCCAAUUGCUGAGACCAAAGGAGGUGCCCGCCUUCCGGAUUCGUAUCGCCGCAGAAGUUACGCUCCAUCCAUAUCAUCCACUGGAAAUUGGGCAAAGCGAGACUUUGGCCAAGACGCUACCAAAUUUGCCAACCUGACUACAACGGCCGCCACAAAGACGCUCAAGGCCGUCACUACCGAAGCGGGCUUCGAAGACGUGACAGAUGAGCGCCCGAAGGCGGCUCGCUCAUCUGCCGGUGUCGUCGGUGGCCUGAUUGCUACUACAGGAAAUCUCAUCGGAGCCGUCAGCCCCUACCACGCUCAGCUGGGUCCUAAUCCGAAGAGACCCGGCUACACACUGGAUCGUUACCUCCUUCCCGAGAUGAACGCCAAGACACUCAAGAGAACAGCAGAGGCAGUGGCACAUGCUGCUCCACGACCGUACCGUCGCAGCCAAUCACAGCCUGGCACGCCCGGUGCGGCCCGCUCUCCGAAUACUGGCAUGGCCAACGUCAUGGGCCGACCAGAUCAAAAUGCUUCUUCUGAGACGCAAGCUGCUACGCCGAACGAAAAGUAUCCGCCUCCACCAACUGCCAAGACCGGAUAUGCGUCGAGUCUCAUGCCACGCAAGGGGCAGGGCAACCUGCUACACCUACCAGGUCACACGUUCAAAUCAUGGACCGGCGCUCACUCAGCCAUGAACACGCCCGACCCGGGCCAGCAUGGCGGCGGUGAUUACUUCGGCUCUGCUGAAGACGACGAAAGGCUCGCCAAAGAGGAGUGGCAGAAGAGGCUCAAGAAGCGUUCCAGGGACAAGCGCAAGAAGGAAGAGAUCUUCAUCACUAUGCACGUUGCAGCUAUCCUGCAACGGCAAGAAUUCCUCCUCAAACUGAGUCGAUCGUUGAUGAUGUUUGGAGCUCCUACGCACCGCAUUGAGACGCAAAUCCAGCAGACUGCCCGUGUUCUGGAGAUCAACUGCCGCUGUAUCUACCUGCCGAACCUUAUGCUCUUCGCCUUUGGUGACGAUGCCACUCACACGUCUGAGACUAAGUUCAUCAAGCAAGCCGGUGGUUUGGAUUUCACGAAGCUCACCGACAUGCAUACAAUCUACUGGAACGUUGUGCACGACAAGAUCGGAGUCAGCGAGGCUUCAGCUCAGCUCGAUGAGCUGAUGAGGAGAAAGCCACUGAUUCCGCGAUGGCCAAUGGUCAUCAUCGGCGGCUUCUGCUCCUCUUUCAUCGCGGUCGGCCCCAUGGGCUUCGGCGGAUCUUUCAUCGACGCUGUCAUGGCUUGGCCACUCGGAGCCUUCCUCGUCUACUGCCAGUCUGUCAUUACCACGGAGCUGUUCUCAAACGUCUUCGAGAUCGUCUUUGCCUCGCUCAAUUCCUUCAUCGCAUCUGCAGUCGCUUCCACCAACAUCUUCUGCUACGCUGGUGUCGUCUCGGGCUCCAUCGUGCUUAUUCUUCCAGGUUUCAUCGUCUUGAGUGGCUCUCUGGAGCUACAGUCGAAGAACCUCAUCGCCGGAUCGGUGCGCAUGGUGUAUGCCAUCAUCUACUCGCUGUUCCUCGGUUUCGGACUCUCUAUCGGAUCCUCCUUCUGGGCUCUUGUCUCGGGCGGAGGCAGCACCGACUCUGUGACAGACUGCACUGCUGUUCACAACGACAAUGUCUGGUGGCAGAGCGACGUUGGCCUCAUCUGGGCUUUGCUGACAGUGCCGGCCUAUUCCAUCUGUCUCUCGCUGAGAAACCAGGCCAAGGUGAAUCGAAAGGAGUUCCCCGCCAUGGUUCUCAUUGCCUGCGCGGGAUGGGCUUGCAAUCACUUUGCCUCUACAGCGCCAGCUCUCAACGGACGACAAGACAUCACCUCGGCCUUGGGAUCCCUGGCGGUGGGAAUCCUGUCCAACAUCUACGGUCGCAUCUUCGAUGGACGUUCCUACGUCGUUGCCGUCACUGGUGUGCUGUACCAGCUCCCCUCGGGUCUUUCCAAUGGAGGUCUGCUCAACUUUGCAGACACGACGAACGACACGGACAACUUCUCGUCUGGGUUUACGGUAGCAAAAUCCCUCGUCGAGGUCGCAUUGGGCCUCACCGUCGGCCUCUUCACGGCUACGAUCCUUGCGUAUACCCUGGGCGGCCGCAAGCAGCGCGUGGGAGGCCUCUUCUCCUUCUAA